GAUCCUUCUCUUCUCUCACUCAUAGUUAACUCACAGAAGAAGUAAACACGCACAAGAGCGCACACACACACACACACACAGAGGGAGAGAGAAUCAUAAGAACACUAACUAUGAAGUUUCCAGCAUCAUCUCUGCUUCGUUCUCCCUUCUCCUUGAGCUUAUUUUUGUCAGCUUUCAUGGGAGUAAUUUACAGUACAAGUGAUGAUACUCUGUUCAUGAACCAGAAUUCAGAAUCAUCUCCUUUUCCCAGUAACUUCCUCUUUGGAACUGCAUCUUCCUCUUACCAGAUUGAAGGAGCUUUCUUGAGUGAUGGUAAGGGACUGAGUAACUGGGAUGUUUUCACUCAUAAACCAGGCAACAUAAUGGACGGAACAAAUGGAGAUAUUGCUGUUGAUGAUUAUCAUCGUUAUCAGGAGGAUGUGGAUCUUAUGGAGUACAUUGGAGUAAACAGUUAUCGCUUUUCACUGUCAUGGGCCAGAAUUUUACCCAAGGGAAGAUUUGGCAAGGUGAACAAAGAAGGCCUUGAUUAUUAUGAUCGCCUCAUCAAUGCCAUUCUUAGAAAAGGAAUAGAGCCGCUUGUGACAUUAACACACUUUGACAUACCUCAGGAGCUUGAAGACAUAUACAAAGGAUGGCUGAGUCCUAAAAUAGAGGAGGAAUUCAAGUACUAUGCAGAAACAUGCUUUAAGAAGUUUGGGGACAGAGUGAAGAAGUGGGUAACGUUGAACGAGCCGAACGUGGCAGUGAUAAAUGGAUACAGAAGAGGGAUUUGGCCUCCUUCAAGUUGCUCUGCGUCCUUUGGCAAUUGCAGCCAUGGCGAUUCUGAGAAGGACCCUUUUCUUGCUGCCCACAACCUUAUCUUGUCCCAUGUCUCUGUUGUUCACCUUUACAGAUCCAAGUAUCAGAAAAAGCAAGGAGGAAAAAUUGGAAUUGUGAUGCAUGCUAUAUGGUUUGAACCCUUUAGCAACUCCUCAGAAGACAAGUUAGCAGCUGAGAGAGCUCAAUCAUUUUUCUUGAAUUGGUUCUUGGACCCAAUUAUAUUCGGGAAAUAUCCAACAGAAAUGCAAGAAAUUAUAGGGCAUGAUCUGCCAAAAUUUUCGAAGCAAGAAGUGGAAAAACUCAAGAAAAAUGUAAUAGAUUUCAUUGGGGUGAAUCAUUACACAAGCUAUUAUGCAAAAGAUUGCAUGUUUUCUGAGUGUGAGCCUGGUUUAGGAGCUUCAAAAACUGAAGGUUUUGCCCUUUAUGCUCAUCAUAGGAAUGGCAUCCUCCUUGGAGGUAAGACUUCAGUUGAUUGGCUGUAUGUUCAUCCACAAGGAAUGGAAAAGAUGGUCACAUAUAUAAAGGAGAGGUACAAUAAUCUACCAAUGUUCAUCACAGAAAAUGGAUAUGGAGACAUGGAAGCUCCCAACUCUACCACAACAGACAUAAUCAAUGAUGUGGAAAGAGUGAGCUACUUGAGCGGUUACUUGAAUUCCUUGGCCACAGCCAUAAGGAAAGGAGCAGAUGUGAGAGGGUAUUUUGUGUGGUCAUUGCUAGACAACUUUGAGUGGCUCUAUGGAUGCAGUGUAAGGUUUGGGCUUCAUCAUGUGGAUUAUAGCUCUCUCAAUAGAACCACAAGACUCUCUGCAUUGUGGUACAAACACUUCAUUGCUCACCAUCUUCCUCCCAAACCUCCAACACUUUCCAUUCUUUAACUUUGACUUAAUUUGCCUCCACGUUGUUCAUUGUUUCAAUAAUGUUUGGGCCCAUUGUAUAACUCUUCAUUGAGAUCAAUGGCCUUGUAACUAAUUAGCUACUGUUUAAUUAUUGGGUUGUCAAAUCUAUUAUCUCUAGAGUUUUAA